CCCCCAACCACCUUCAUUUUUUAUCUUCUUCUGAGCUAACAACAAUUCUGUCUGCCUCUUCUGAGUCUUCUCCCUUCCCUCCAUGGCCAGAAGCUUGUUACUCCAACAAGACGACCACCUGAAUCUUGAAAUUUACAAGAAAUGUUUCGAUUGUUACACUUUUUCCGUAAAUUGUUCCCACGAGUGUGCCCGCAAAUUUACCCCUCUUUCCAAUGCCCAAAGAUAUCACAUGCCCCCCUUUUUCAUCUUCUUGCUCUGUCUCCUCGCCGCCGUUUUCGUCUUCCUCAGCUACUUCAGUAUCCUGAAGCGGUACCGGAGGGAGGGUCCUCCUCCGCCGGUAACAUCCCGGGAGGAUUUCAUCGACGCGGACCAGACGCAGGUGGAUCACGCGAUUUGGCAUAUCCGGACCGUCGGUCUCCCGGAGUCCGUCAUCGAGUCGAUACUCGUUUUCAGUUAUAAAACGGGGGAGGGGUUAACGGAGGGGUCGGAUUGCUCCGUUUGUUUGACGGAAUUUCAAGAAGACGAGAGCCUCCGUCUGUUGCCUAAAUGCAGCCACGCGUUCCACGUUUCUUGCAUUGACACCUGGCUAAGGUCACACAAGAACUGCCCAAUGUGCCGCGCGCCAGUGGUCACCGAAGCUGACGCCGCCGUCGAGCAAGGUGAAGGCGAUGUGGAGGUCGCCGGUGAUCAAGAAACAGAGGCGGAAGACGGGCCGGAAAACCAUGAAGAGGUCAACGGAGGGGAGGUGCUGCCGCCAAUGGGAACCUUUGAACAGAGAAAUCGAAAAGGGAUUCGAACGCAGAGCGAUUUGGCUGAGCACAGAGUGAGUCCUCAACCGCCAAGAAGAGCAGCAUCGAUGGAUUCCUCCUCGGUUUCAAUAAUUUGCUCCUCCGCGGCGGAGGCGGCGCCUGAGAUGGGUUCUUCUAAGCCAUCUCUUUCUGGAAGCAGAAGCUCUAGCUGGUACAGGGCGAUGAAGAGUUCUUCUUUCCGGCGGCCGCUGCAGACUGUCAGAUCAUCAUCCUCUAUUUCUUGUUCUGAGCCAACUCCCAAUUAGUUAGCAAAACCCCAGAUUUCUUAGGGAAGUGAGUGAUGUAUGAAGAGCUAAACUCUUAUACUUGUAAGGUAAUUGCAGAAUAUAUAAUAAUUACAUAUUUUGCCCCAGUUGAUUUUCCUGACUAAGCAAUUUUAAGGAUCCUUUUCCUGGGAAAAGAAUAAGCAGCAUUACUCUGAGACUAAUGAAUUGAUACUGAUACUCUGGAAUUCUGGAUGCUGUUUU